GAUGCCGGUGGUCGAUUGGCUCUAUCUUCUCCUCACUUGAACAAGCAGAAGAUCUUCUUUACCCCUUUGAAACCCUAGGCUUGCGUCUGCGUUUUCUACGGCCGUCCUUUCCCCUCUUACCUGAGUAUUUGAUAUCGGCCAGGCAAGUUGCGUUUCACUGGCUGGAGUGAGUCAGAAAGUCGAUUGACCUCUUCGUCGGUGGCGGCGGUGUGUUUUCAGUUGAUACCCUGAGGUGAAUGGAUCAAUGGAAGCCCGCGGAGGGCUUCUUCCAGGGGAUGGCCGUGACGGGUAUUUCCGGCAAUGAUUUUGGCCGAGAGGGUGAUCCGGGCGUGUGGUCCGGUGGAUUGCCGGUUCCCUGUCCGGAUUCGAGUCAAAGGGUAGAUAAAGAAGCAAAGGAUUCAUCAAAUGUUCGAAAAGUACAUAAAGCUGACCGUGAAAAAUUGAGAAGAGAUCGACUAAACGAACAAUUUCUAGAGCUGGGAAAUGCAAUAGAUCCUGAUCGGCCAAAGAAUGACAAGGCUACCAUUCUUGGAGAUGCAGUCCUAAUGCUGAAAGAUUUGACUGCUCAAGUACAGAAACUAAAAGCUGAACACACAUCAUUAUCUGAAGAAUCAAGAGAGUUGACGCAAGAGAAGAAUGAGCUUAGAGAAGAAAAAUCUGUUUUAAAAUCUGAAAUUGAAAACUUGAAUGCUCAGCAUCAGCAAAGACUUGGAUGUCUGUAUCCUUGGGCCACGGUUGAUCCUUCAGUUGUUAUGGGACCGCCUUCUGCAUAUCCAUUCCCCAUUCCUGUUCCAGUAGCCUCAGGUCCAAUGCCAUUUCAUGCGCCAAUUCCCCUCUACCCAUUCUUUCAAAAUCAAAGGCCCGCAGCCAUUCCCAGUCAUUGUUCUUCCUAUCACCCAUACACUUCUUCAAGAAGUCCCUAUGUUGAGCAGCAACCCAGCCAACACCUCCCCCCUCAUCCCAUUCCAAGUAAUGAUAAUAAUCAUAAUACAAGUCGGCAUGAAUCCCAAAGUGGAUCCUCAGAUUGGUUGCGGUGCAGUGGUUCAGAUAGAAGUACUGAUUUCAGUGAUGUUGUGACAGAGCUGGAACUUAAGAUGCCAGGAUCUGCAAAACCUUGUAAUUCCAAGCCAGCGAAUUUGUUAACAGAAGGGAGGAAAGGGUGUCGGUCGCGGCAGCUUCAGGGUAAGGCUAGCGAAAAUCUAGAUGGGAGCAGCUCGAGUAGGUGCUCUUCCCCACCUGGACUGCCUGCGAGCUCAUCCAACAGCAAUGGAGGUGGCUCGGUGGCCAACAGCUUGUGAAUUUUUGUUAGAGUAAGCGGAAGAAUGUAGAGAAGAGCCAUUGCUGAGUUGUCGAAUGCUGAAGAAGUGAAGGCUAUUGGCAUUCCAAUCAGGGGCCUCUUGUUCAUAUCUGAUUUCUCCUCUACAAAAAGUGUCAAGAGGAACCACAGCUUAAUGAUCAUGUAGAAUGGGUUAAGAUUCUCUAUGAAAUUAACAUAGCAUUCUUCCAGAAAUUUCAAUCUACAAUUGAUGUACAGUAAGUGAUAUAAUAACAUGUACUUGUUAAGUUAUCGAACCUAAUUUUUGUUCUACGAAGAAAACAUACCACAUAGAUUUAAUUGUUGGUCAAUCUUCGCAAUCA